UGUAAACAUUAUUUUAAAGUGGUGAAGGUUGACAGCAGCAGCCUCCCUGAACUUGCGUUGCCAAAUCCUCUGUUUCAUCCACCAUCGACUAGUUCCUGAUGUGAGAUCUUGUUUGCGGCGAUUUAAUCGAAAAGAUCUGGCAACCUUCGGCCACAGCACAGAGGCAAAUGCGGACUGCUUAGCUAGUGUGCUAGCAGCAUACAUGUGGAGGGGAUCACAUCCCAAACUCUGCCCAAAUUCCCCUUCAGACUGCCAAAUACCGCCAACUGCCCCUGUAUCCCUUACAACAAACGUGUUUUCUUCAACAUGAAAGGUAGCCGGAUCGAGUUGGGGGAUGUUACACCCCACAACAUUAAACAGUUGAAGCGUCUGAACCAAGUGAUCUUCCCUGUCAGCUACAACGACAAGUUCUACAAAGAUGUUCUUGAAGUAGGAGAGCUCGCCAAGCUAGCAUAUUUCAAUGACAUCGCAGUUGGUGCUGUGUGCUGUAGAGUGGAUCACUCUCAGAACCAGAAGCGACUCUACAUCAUGACACUGGGUUGUCUAGCACCUUACCGCAGACUUGGCAUAGGAACAAAAAUGCUGAACCAUGUGUUGAACAUUUGUGAGAAGGAUGGCACUUUUGACAACAUUUACCUUCACGUGCAGAUCAGCAAUGAGUCUGCAAUUGACUUCUACCAGAAAUUUGGCUUUGAGAUCAUUGAGACAAAAAAGAACUAUUACAAGAGGAUAGAGCCAGCAGAUGCCCACGUUCUUCAGAAAAGCCUGCGCAGCCCAUGUGCGCCCCCAGCAGGAGAGCUGCAGAAAGCCGACUAGGGGUUGAAGCGCGACACCAGAUUGGUUUCUUCCCCAAAUGGAACUGUAACAGACGCCCCAGGGUUGACACACUCACCACUUUCUUCAGAGGACAUUUUAGACAGAAAAAGUCAAUGACGUAUUUGCUGCAUUUAUUGUGCAAAAACUUUAGUCCCCCCUUAAUUGUUUUUUUUGUUUUGUUUUGUUUUUUCAUUUUUUUCUUUUUUUUUUUUUUUUUUUUUUUUUUCCAUUUCAUCAUUUAGAGAGUUGAAAUUACAUGGAGGUUUUCAAGCAGAAUUCAUAAUUGCUCCAAAAGCUGCUGACUUCUUAUUGAUCUGACAUGGUGAAGGUUGUUUUCAAAGCAUACUGUUUGCAUUUGUUUUAGAUUUGUUUAAGGUAAGGGGACAUCGCUUUGCUUGGACAAAACAAUAGAACAAAAGAGGUAAAGUCUUUUUAAAAUAUGACUCGAGAUGCCCCAGCUGGCAACCUUGGAGUGAUUGUUUGAAUCAUCUUAGGGGCACUUGGAAUUCGCAGAACUCCAUCACCCCGCCAUCUAAGCCCUCGGACACGCGGCAAGGGAAUCUGCUGGUAGCUGAGACCUCCUGUUUCACCAUACAGUCAAUAUGCAAUGUUGGAGGGUUGCAUGUAAUGCAAUGUCUCCUUGUGAUGUCAGCCGCCUCAGUCUGUGUUGAGGCUAACCCAAUGAGGAAAUGGAGCGUAGAGCCCCCUCGAACAAGAGAGUGGUACAACUGUUUUAGUAUGGCGGAGGUUAAGGGGAGUAAACUCCAGUUGUUUGUGAAUGUUUUGUUUUUCAGCCCAUUAUUUAAUAUCCCCAUCUUUUUUUUUCUUUCUUUUUUUUAAUUUGUGGAUUGAGUCUGGGCUUUUUCUGGGGUUUGCAGUAAUGCUGCUGGUGAGAUGUUAAGGCUUCAGAUAGCAAGAUAUGGCUUUUUAUGGGCCUUUGCGGUUGCGUUGUUUAUGGUGGAUGUGGUUCUCUAAUAAUUUUUAGUCCACCAGGACUCAAGUUAGAGUUUAGUAGGUUUUUUUUUUUCUUAUGUGAAAGAAGUUUCAAUUUCCCCCACCCAUUACCUGCCUGACUGUUUCUAAAUUUGAAUCCUAGCUUCUCACUUGUUAACGCAGCAGAAAUAAAUCCUCCCACAAUGCAACAGUUACAUUUCAGUGAUGUUCACUGACCACCACCUAUUUCACAUAUACAAUGUGGGAGUGUAAAAGGUUAGUUCUACAAGUUAUUGUACAGGACUUACGGAACCAGAUCCCAGGAAAAGCCUUGACUCAGUGCAUGCCAAGGGAGACAUGCCCUCUCCAUUGUAGUAAAAGCAUGUUUUUUGUUCCUCCUUUCUUUGGAAAAUUUUAUCUUUUUCUGGAGCUCUAUAUUGUAUGACUUUUAAACCUCUAAAUAAAAAAGUACUAUUUGCAUUA